CACGUCCCCGUUUCGAUAAGAACAAUUUCUCUCCCAAAAUUGAACCUUCCAAGCUGAAUGUCACAUUACUACUCUCUCCAAACCUAUCAGACAAUUCUUCCCCACUUGGCAAGUUCAUUGGACCACACUCGACAGGCUAUCGUAAGGCGGCCAUGAUCGGCUUCACCGGAGCACUGAAACGCUGUGUUUCGCCACUGCUGAGCUUCGUCAUUGCUUCUCUACUCGCCUCCGCCCUUCAGAUAUUCUUCUUCUCCCCAAUCUCGGAUCCUCAGCCUCUCACUCUUCCACUCCCUUCUCCUGCCUCUAGCUUCCUUCCUUCCAAUACUGACUUACAGAGGGUGAAUAGGGUUGCAGAAGGGUUCCUCAAAAACCCAGAGGAUGUCUGCGUGGACAAGAAAGGGACACUUUACACAGCAACGAGAGACGGUUGGAUUAAAAGACUGCAUAGAGGUGAUGGGUCCUGGGAGAACUGGACGAUGAUCAACUCCCAAACAAUGCUUGGAAUUACCGCGGCUGAGGAUGGUGGGAUCAUCGUGUGCGAUACCGAGGAGGGAUUACUAAAGGUUGAUGAAGAUGGUGUGACGACAGUCCUCCUAUCGUACGUUAAUGGGUCGAAAUUAAGCUUUGCAGAUGAUGUGAUCGAAGCGGGAGACGGGAGUCUGUACUUCAGUGUUGCGAGCACCAAGUUUGGCUUACACAACUGGUAUAUGGACGUGUUGGAGGCUAAGCCUCAUGGGCAGCUUCUCAGGUUGGAUCCAUACAGGAACCAGACUUCGCUUGUCCUCGACAACCUUGGUUUCGCCAAUGGGGUUGCCCUCUCCAAGGACCAGGAUUUUCUCAUCGUAUGUGAAACUUGGAAGUUUCGGUGCCUAAGGCAUUGGUUGAAAGGGGAGAGUCAAGGGAAGACAGAGACCUUCACUGAGAACCUACCCGGUGGGCCGGACAACAUCAAUCUCGCCCCCGAUGGUACUUUCUGGAUCGCUCUUAUUCAGCCUGUCAGGGAAGGGUGGGGUUUCGUUCACACCUCCAAGGCAGCGAAGCACCUGGUCGCGACAUUUCCACAGACGAUAAAUGUAGUGAGUGCCCUGAGGAGAAAAGCGGUGGUCGUGAAUGUUGGAGCAGAUGGAAAGAUCAUCAGAAAGCUCGAGGAUCCUAGUGGAAAGGUGCUGUCUUUCGUGACAACAGCUCUCGAGUUCGGGGGCCACCUCUAUCUGGGAAGCCUCAACUCUGACUACGUCGCAAAAUUGCCGUUAACAGAUGUUGCCUAGCUCCCAACUCCGAUAUGCCCUUAGAAAAGCUUUCUCGAGCACAUAGGUUACGGGCAGUUAGUUUUCGAUCUUCCAUUCAGUAUCCUCUCAGAUUACUCGAGAUCCAUGAAUUUUACAGCAUUUAGCAUCUGGACACAGCACGCAGCAGCGUUAUGAAAUCCGUCCAGACCCCAGUUAUAUGAUUUUGAUCCAUCAGA